AUGGUGGCUGGCUAUGCGGGAAAGGAGAAUCUGCGGUUGGAAAGUGAGAUCGACGAGCGUAUACAUGAUCUGAUCAGCUUAAUCGAGCGCAAGCGAAUGGACAUGGCACAGAAAGCACAAUUCUUUACUUUGGAUGUGAUCUCUGGUUGGGCUUUCGAUCAAGCUUUUGGGGAUUUGAUCGUUGACGAAGAUGUAUUUGAGUACAUUAAGACGGUUGAUAAGGCAAUGCAUGUGCUGUUGUCGAUGAGUGAGCUACCGGACGUCUAUUCUUUUCCCGAGAAAAGUUCAUUGAUGAAAUUGGUGGCGCCGUCGGCUACGGAUAGGAUUGGGUUUGGUAAACUCAUUGCGAUCGCGAAAGAGAAGGUUGCAGAGAGAUUUGGAGAUAAUAGGAAGGUAAAGGUGCUAUGGCGCUUGAAGGCGGAAAUUGACGAGGCUGUGGAUAAUGGCAGCAUUUCGAGUCCGACUCAAGAUUCCGAAGCGAGACCGUUGCUGUAUCUGCAGGCUUGCAUGAAAGAAGGCCUGAGACUGUGGCCGCCAGUCACCGGGCUGUUUCCCAAGGUGGUUCCGCCUGAAGGUGAAACGUCCAAUGGCGUAUUUCUCCCUGGUGGCAUUGAGAUCGGGUAA